AUGCCUAGAAAAAGAGUCGAACAACCAGAGAUAAUAGAAGAUUAUGUUGAAGCAGAUUUAAAAUAUUUUGGCUGGAUAGAGUCUAAACUGGUCGGAUUGAGGUUUUAUAGCGCAAAAGUGUCUGAAGGACAAAGCGUAAUUUUCUCCCGCGAGCCUGAUAACAAUUAUGAUCGGUUUGCUAUUCGGGCAGACAACAUGUACGGUGAGCAAGUUGGAUAUCUACCCAGAAAUGAUGUUGUAGUAUUGGCACCAUUAAUUGACUCUGGUUAUAUGAUACUGAAAGGCUACGUGCAUCAAGAACCCAAUUUUUAUGAAGUACCAGUAACCGUCAAGAUAUUCGGUCCACCCGAAAGAGAAGACUUUGCAACUAUAAGAAUGCUCAGUAAAGGGGUUAUGUUUAAUUUUCCAGGGAACUAG